UGUCUUCUCUUUUUGUAAGAGAUUGACACCGACAGUCACAGAGCUGUCCAAAUCUUUCUUAAUGACUAUUUGUCCGCACAAGACAAUCCCACAUACUAAAACAAUGACCUCAUUAGUUUAGAUCAUCUUCCCUCAUUUCCAAAACCAAAAAGACUCUUUCCACAAUUCGCCAUAACCCUCUCCACCGAUUUGGAAAAAGAAAAAGAAAAGAGAAAACAAGUAAAAUACCGUCUCCACCUGUCAUCAUGUCCGCCGCCGCGCCGAACAGUACCGGCGCUGGAGCCAAGAAACCACCGCAUAUACUAAUUUUUCCCUACCCAGCACAAGGCCACACGCUUCCUCUUUUAGAUCUAACCCAUCAGCUGUCUCUCCAUAACCUUACUCUCACCAUUCUAACCACACCCAAAAACCUCUCCACUCUCUCUCCGCUUCUCUCCACUCACUCUAACAUUCGACCUUUAAUCUUUCCUUUACCGUCUCACCCUUCACUCCCUGCAGGCGUAGAAAACGUUAAAGAGCUGGGCAACACUGGAAACUUGCCCAUAAUUGCGUCUUUAAGAAAGCUUUAUGAUCCCAUUAUCCAGUGGUUCCGUUCCCAGGUUAAUCCCCCUGUUGCUCUCAUUUCUGAUUUUUUUCUUGGGUGGACUUUAGCCCUGGCUAAUGAGAUCAAUAUUCCCAGAUUCACAUUUUAUUCAUCCGGUGCGUUCUUGGCUUCUGUCGCUGAUCAUUGUUGGAAUCAUAUUGAUGUUGUGAAGAAUUUAAAGGUUGUUGACUUUGUUGACUUGCCCACAACGCCGUCGUUUAACGAGGAGCAUUUGCCUUCUAUGUUUCGGUCUUAUGAUGAAUCCGACCCGGAUUGGGAGGUUGUUAAGGAAGGAUCGCUGGCUAAUAUGUCGAGUUAUGGGUGUGUUUUUAAUAGCUUUGAAGCUUUAGAAGGUGAGUAUUUGGGUUUCUUGAAAAAGAAAAUGGGUCAUGAUAGGGUUUAUGGCGUUGGCCCGCUUAGUCUCUUGGGUCCGGAUCACUCCCCCCGGGGUAACUCGGGUUCGUUUGCUCACGUGUUUAAUUGGCUUGAUGGGUGCCCGAAUGGGUCAGUGGUUUAUGUGUGCUUUGGGAGUCAAAAACUGAUGAGUAAUACACAAAUGGAGGCAUUGGCUACGGGUCUCGAAAUGAGCAUGGCCCGAUUUAUUUGGGUAGUGAAAACGGGCUCGGCUCACCAACGGGAAUCCGGAUAUGGAGAAGUACCCGAUGGGUUUGAGGACCGGGUUGCCAGACGGGGCAUGGUGGUAAGAGGGUGGGCCCCACAGGCGAAGCUACUGAGUCACGCCGCGGUGGGCGGGUUUUUGAGCCACUGCGGAUGGAACUCGGUGCUAGAAGGGAUAGCGAGUGAGGUGUUAAUACUGAGCUGGCCAAUGGAGGCUGACCAAUUUGUGAAUGAAAAACUGCUGAUGGAUCUAGGUAUGGCUGUGAGAGUGUGCAUGGGCACUGACUCGGUGCCGGACUCGGCGGAGUUAGGGAAAGUGAUUGGUGAGUCGAUGAAUGGAGUUGGAUAUGAGCAAGAGAAAAGGAAGGCUAGAGAGUUGAAAAGUAGAGCACUGGGUGCUGUAAGAGAGGGCGGAAGUUCAUUAAGAGACCUAAAGGAGUUGGUCAAUGAGCUAAACAAGGACCAUGGCUACAUGAAUUAAUUCAAAUUUGAGGUGAAUUUAAGCUUUUUCCUUUUCAAAAUCAUACCAGGGACAAGUCACUUUUGUGUCAAUGCAAGAUGAAAAGAUAUAUAUGUAUUUUGAGGAAUGCUUUCCUAAAUAAAAGCUUUUAUUUAUACA